UUUAGCAACGCGAGGGUGGGAGUUUUGUCCCUCCACGGACCCCGUUUAUCUCAGUCUCCGCGCUCCGCCGCCACCGUCCCCUUUCCUCUUUCCGGCGCUCCGGGUGCGAGGGGCAGGUCGGGACGCGCAGGCAGCCAGCCGGUGUGGGUGUGCAACCUCGGCACUCGCCUGAGGACCGCGAAAACUACCGUUUCCCCGCGGGGCAGCGUGGUCGCCAUGAACUUAGCAGCAGGACUGAAUUCGGAGAAGGUAGCUGCUUUGAUUCAGAGACUGAAUUCCGACCCCCAGUUCGUACUUGCCCAGAAUGUCGGGACCACCCAUGACCUGCUGGACAUGUGUCUGAAGAGGGCCACGGUACAGGGUGUUCAGCAUGUGUUCCAGCACGUCGUGUCUCAGGAAGGCAAGCCAGUCACCAACCAGAAGAGUUCAGGGCGAUGUUGGAUCUUUUCAUGUCUGAACGUUAUGAGACUUCCGUUCAUGAAAAAAUUAAAUAUCGAAGAAUUUGAGUUUAGUCAAUCUUACCUCUUUUUCUGGGACAAGGUUGAACGCUGUUAUUUCUUCUUAAAUGCUUUUGUGGACACAGCCCAGAAAAAGGAGCCUGAAGAUGGCAGGCUGGUACAGUAUUUGCUUACAAAUCCUGCAAAUGAUGGUGGACAAUGGGAUAUGCUUGUCAAUAUUAUUGAAAAAUAUGGUCUUAUCCCUAAGAAGUGCUUCCCUGAAUCUCAUACAACAGAAGCAACCAGAAGGAUGAAUGAUAUUCUGAAUCACAAGAUGAGAGAGUUCUGUAUACGACUACGGAACCUGGUACACAGUGGAGCAACCAAAGGAGAAAUCUCAGCCACACAGGAUGCCAUGAUGGAGGAGAUACUCCGAGUAGUGUGCAUCUGUAUCGGGAACCCACCAGAGACAUUCACCUGGGAGUAUCGAGACAAAGAUAAAAAUUAUCAGAAGAUUGGUCCCAUAACACCCUUGGAGUUUUACAGGGAACAUGUCAAGCCACUCUUCAAUGUGGAAGAUAAGAUUUGUUUAGUGAAUGACCCUCGGCCCCAGCACAAGUACAACAGACUUUACACAGUGGACUACUUAAGCAAUAUGGUUGGAGGGAGAAAAACUCUAUAUAACAACCAGCCUAUUGACUUCUUGAAAAAGAUGGUUGCUGCCUCUAUCAAAGAUGGAGAGGCUGUGUGGUUUGGCUGUGAUGUUGGAAAACACUUCAAUGGCAAGCUGGGCCUCAGUGACAUGAAUGUCUAUGACCAUGAGUUAGUGUUUGGAGUCUCCUUGAAGAACAUGAAUAAAGCUGAGAGAUUGACUUUUGGUGAGUCACUUAUGACCCACGCCAUGACCUUCACUGCUGUCUCAGAAAAGGAUGAUCAGGAUGGUAUAUUCCUGAAAUGGAGAGUGGAGAAUUCAUGGGGUGAAGACCAUGGCCACAAAGGUUACCUGUGCAUGACAGAUGAGUGGUUCUCUGAAUAUGUCUACGAAGUGGUGGUGGAUAGGAAGCAUGUGCCAGAAGAGGUGCUAGCUGUGUUAGAGCAGGAGCCCAUCGUCCUGCCAGCCUGGGACCCCAUGGGGGCUUUGGCCAAGUGAUAUUGCCUCCAGUUCUUUUCUCCUCCCAUGGAACCUGAAGUAGCUGCAAAGGACAGAUCCAGGAACUGAAGCCAAAGUUACACGGGUGACUGUGUUCCCACAGGACAUAGUCGGACUCUUGGAUUUCUCCUCCAGGAACCUCUUUGGGGGAAGUGUGCUUUACGUUGAAACAAAAUAUUCUUAAAGAAAAUAAAAGGGAAAGAUCAGAUCACACUAUCUACUCUCCUCAUCUCCAACAGCUCAGGUUCUCUUAGCAUUUUAAUCAGAUGUAAUUGUCUUAACUCUGUCAAAAAGGUUUGGAUCAUUGUCUGUUUUAAUAAGACAGGAGAAGAUGAGCAAUUGAGGAGUAUGGAGAGAAAAUGGACCUAAUGUUCCUACAGUAGAGUUAGGGGAGGGUAACCCUAAGAUAUGAGCUCUCAAAACUGCAUGCUGCCUGACAGUAUCACUGUCCUUCCGAGAUGGCAGUCACUGGAUUCAGUUUUUCCAAGGUAAUUUUAUGUUCCUCUAGCAGCCCAGGAAUGGGAGGUUGAUCAAGUCUGACAUGAUUCCUUCCUGUUCUUCUGAACUGUGGGGGAGCACAGCUCUACUUGAGUCAAGAUUAAAUAGAGGCUGAGAGAAAUUUGGGUGAGAGAACAACCAAAACCUUAUCAUGAUCAGAAUUAUAAUUAUUAGAUCAUGAUCUGAAUUGUAAUUAUUAGGGGAGCUCUAGCCAAAUGGUUUAACUUCUGCCUCUAGAAUUGGGAGUUGGGUGGGCAGGAAAAGGGGUACCCAUUCUUUCUGACAACUAGAUGGUGCUGAGAAGCUUUUGAAUAAAAUACUUUGCUAAAUGAGA